AUGCACCCCACCGAUCUUUUCGCCACGCUCCACGCCUACUACAACCCAGAACCUGACCCAUCCAAGCCCCCGGCGCGCUCAUCGUCGACGCCCGCGACUUCGUGCGCGACAAGCGUGAGAGAGAGAGAGAGGCGCGAGCACAGGCUAUGCGACAAGAGAGCGGCGGGCCGGAACAAGACGCCGAAGUCCCUCCUCGGUGGCGUCGCGAGCACCGUGCCCGCCCAGGCCCCCGUAGCCGCCGACCAAAGGAGCUACGAAAAGCCCGCCCCUGCCCCCGCUACCGACGCCGCCGCUAAAACAGCAGCCACGUCCUGGCGGCCGAGGCCGCCCUCGCCCUCAUUAACGUCGCCGAGCCCGCCCCGUAAGCGGGGGAAGAUGGACGGGGAAGAAGCGCAGCCCGAGGUUCCCGCUGCUGAGACCGUGCCGCCCGCAAACCACAAGAGAAGGCACAGCGUCACGAGCUCGGGGACGGACGUGGGGGAGGAUGACGGCGGCGCGGCGUCUGGCUAUACGAGUGCGUUGAGGAAGAGGGCGCGUACUAAGGAGGGUAGGACGGCGCGGAGGACGGACAGCCUCGUGGUGGCAGGAGACUUUGAGAUGUUGGUCCUGGUGCUGAUACCGAGCCCAAUGGGUCGGGCGGAUACGUUGAAGUAA